UCACUUCUUCCGUGACCUUACGAUAGUGAAUUGUGUUGUGUUGAAGCAGCCAGUGCUCUGCACAGGCAAGAGUAGCUCUGAAGCUGCUAGGAUGGUGUGGCAUGGCCUUGAUAUGAUAGUGGAUUGUGUUGUGGGAAGCAGACACUCCUCUGCGCAGGCAAGAGUAGCUCUGUAGUUGCUUGGAUGUCAUGGCACGCUGAAGAGGCUGGCCACAGACUGCUCGCAGAGGACUCUACGGGAGAUGGGGAUUCUUCCUGGAUGCUUGCAUGACGACUCUCUUUGCUUGGUGCUCUCUGUACGGAGCCCAUGUUUCACUCACUUUUGGCAGAGGAGUGUUGUGAGAGCAGCAAGUCCGUUGUUGCUGGGGAACGGUGAAACUAUUCAUAAACUCUAGGGUCAUUUCCUUAUUGAUUGUUGCUGGGGGACGUCGACACUCUUUAUUGACUCUUGGGUCAUCUCCUGUGUGGUGAUGAUCGUGGGAGCUUCAGGCUUAUCGAUUCGUGUAUGUAUAUAUAUUACAGAGCCAUCUCCUGAACUCUUAAAUCACCAGUACUUUUUCAUGCAAAUUUCUGAGAUGCUGCUGUGCUUGUGCUGCGUGUUCAGGAAUGUACCAGCCUGCUGCAAGGAGGCAAAUUCAUCCAGGCAAAACUGUCAUGUGCCACGGCCCUGUUUUGCCUGGAUGAAUAAUGCGCUGCUUGGCAGGCCGGUACAUCCCGAAGGAUGCAGCGCUUGCGGCACUUAGUCGAAGUAAUUUGACUGGGAAACAUACUGGUGGUUUAAGAUGCCUCGAAGCUUGAAUCUGCAUGGUGUUACUUCAUUGGGAUGAAGGCUCCGUAGCAGGCUCCUUUGCUCCGUUGGUCUUCCGACGGGGUUGUCCUUGUUCCACCAGGGCUAUAGAAGGGUGUUCUGCUGAAAUUGAGAGGUUUGCUGCAUGGAAGGCUUUCGGUGAACUCUGCAGCCUGAGCUUGCCUUGAACUGCAAAUUACUGCGAGUCUAUGUGUGCCACCGGGUAUCACCAACUUGGCCUUGUAUGCUGUAAGGGACCAUGGAACUGAGAUUUGGACGUGUUUGGGCUCUUUGGGGUUUUGUACUGCCCAUGCAUAUUGCAAAUUUCAACAUGAUUCCUUGGCGAAUAAUGUGCUCCACUCAUUCUGAGUGUCUUCAGCUCUGCAGGCUGGUGGCUGCACUGCUCUGCCAAGGAGAUGUACCUGAGAAAAUGGCGCCCACUUUCGCUAUGAUAUGAGUCUCCAGCACGGUCUGUACGUACCAUCUGAUCUGAGUGUUGGUCUCUCUCGAUUGCGCAAGUUAUGGCCCCCCUGUGAUGGAGUUCAGCAUCCGUCUGAAGUGUUGGCAGUGCAAGGGGGAAAUUAUUUUGCGUUCUUCACCCCCUCCUCCUGUGGCCCUCCUUUAUCCGCAGGUGGACCCGGGAAUGGCGAGCGGGGCAUAAGAGCGCUGCUGGUACAUGCUCCGCUGCUUCCUCGUGGCUUGAUGGAUGCGUGCAUGGGGGGAUUCUUCUGUGUUCUUUACCCCCCUCCGCCUGCGGUCCUGUUCAUCUGCAGUUGUGCUGAAUGAACGGGAGUUCAGUCUGGGACAUGAGGAUGGGUGGUUGGGUGGAUUCAAUUGGGCUGAGUUGUGCUGAGUCGAGCACUGGUACAUGCUUCUUUGCUUCCACUUGACUUGAUGGAUGGGUGGAUUCUUGCUUCGGCAUGGUUAUAUUUCAGCAGGUGGCUAACACAUUAACUCAGAGUUAGUUGCCAUUUGAAGUGCUUCUGGUGGGAGGUCUAGGUGUCAUUAUGAGAAUUGCCUGGAUUCUGAAGCCAGUCACCCUUCUGGCAAUCCUGUGGUGGGGAGUGCCUGACCAUGGCCAUCUUCUGGGUUGAUCUAUACCGUGUUUUUUUGUUAUCACCCUAUCUAAAUAUGGGGUUUACGUGACCUUCGUGCAUGUGUUCAUGCAUUUAGAGUGUUCUGUAUUCCAUCCCUUCGCGCGACAGAGAAGUCAAAGACGGUCGCGAGAAGCAAGGGAACAGUUGACAUAAGAUGUAGCAGCGUACGAAUGGCCAACACUAUACCUGUGGUUGGUUGUUUUCUCCCCUGCUUAGUCCAGGUCAGUAUUUGCACGGAAACACCUCUUUCGCACAGGGUUUUCCUUAGGGUUUCACAGUCAGUUCACAGGCAAACAGGCAAACUGUGCUUCCUGGGUGAAGCGCCACCUCAUUCCCCUUGUUGUGCGAUAAAGGCUGUGAAAGGAUAGGGGAGUGCAACGAGGCGGACUGAUGUUUCAACCACUGAGGGAAGAGUUACUGUUUAGUGCUCGCUGUGGGAGGCCACCUGAAUGUGUGGUGAAACAUCCUGCCACAAGUAUACUGUGUAGUGCUUGCUGUGCCAGGUAAUCUGAAUGUGGGUUGAAGCGUUUGGCUGCAAGUGUGUAAUAGUCCGUAGCAUCGACUGUGCAAAUGGCCAAUACAUGUAUGAGCAAGAGAAUAGUCUGGUAUUUUUGCUGUUGGAUUGGGCUUUGAACAGCAAGUAUAUUGCUGUUGCGUGGGCGGGCAGAGAAAGUGACUGUGUGGCUGGUAGAUUGGGUGGUCGAACGAGCUUCUAGUGGAGUAGGUGGAGUUCUACGGUCUUUAGCUGUACGAGCGAAUCAGGACUUAAGGGAUCUGCAGGUGUGGUCAUGAUGUGAACGGUGGGAGAGCUGCUCAGGUUUCCUCGGUGUUGUUUGGUUGUGGACAUGAUGGGUUGUGGAAUCUGCAUUUUAUGUUCCAAACAGGUCAUUGGUGGCCAAUGAUCAUGACGCCGAGUGCGGAGUUUGGGAAAGGUAAUGUGCUGGUGGAAGAGGAACAAGGAGCUAGAGAUUGUCAGGUGCUGCAUUAAGCAAUCCACAGCGGGGUUGAUGCUGAUGAAGAGGAGCCACCAUUUUGGGUUCGACAACAACAGAUUGCUCUUGGUGCCAGAUAUUAUGGUAGUUUAUGCCUUAGAUAACUGUAUAGGAUGGAGGUGUCGAUUUUGGAGCAGGGUGCUGACUAGCAGCAAAUGUAUUUUGGUGAUUUUUUUCCGCAUUUUUCUUUUAGCUUUUUCGGUAUCACAUUCUUUCAUUAUGGAGAAUACGCCAUGUUGUUGCCUGGUCAUUGAGAGGAAUAGGGGAGUUUAGAGUUUUCCAAGGAGGGAUAGGAGGAGGGAGGGAGGGAGGGCGGGGGGGAGGGUGCAGCAGCUGCAAUAAAUGAAUAAGAGGGUGGGUGCGGAUUUUUGAGUUAUAAACUUGUGUAAAGCAUGCUACUGCCUGGUCGUUGUGGUGAAUAGGGAAGUUGAAUUUACCAAGGAGGGAGAGAGAGAGUGGCCACCAGUUGAGACGAAAGAAUAAGAGGGGGCGUGCGGAUCGAUUAAACUUGUGUAAAGAAGCUAAACUACGAUUGAAAAGGGUUAUAUGCGGUCUGUGCCAUUUUGCCAAUCAAGCCAUCAAUACAAG